AUGCGGCCGCAAGGGCGGAAGCUCGCUCUCAUUCCCGAAUGGCAGAAAAGGCGACCAGACCUAGGAGCGGACUUCAACCCGGAGUGGCACAGCGGCACGAGCGUCGGCACGCCGGAUCCAAGGACGCCCUCAGCGACAGCAGCGCCCAGUCGCGCCCACAGCAGCGCCAACCGCGCCGGACAAGUGGUCACCAGCCACACAACGAGCGUCACUAGGAGCGCGCAACGAGCGGCCCCGCGCCAUCGGGCGGCGUCAUUGCACCACCAGCAGCACCCACCGAGUGCCCACCGAGCGCCACCCGCGCCCAACGCACAGCCCUACGAGCGGCUACCACCGAGCGCCAUCAAGCAGGGCAACAGCCGUGCCCACCGAGCGCUCACCACACCGAUCACCGCUGCCGCGCAUCAGUCGCGCCACGGGAAGCGCCCACCACGUGCUCACCAGGAGCGCCCAACGAUCAGCGCCGCCGCUCACCAGCCGCACUCACCGAGCGCCAUCAGGAGCGCCAGCCUCAGCAGCGCCCACCGAGCGGCUUCCGCGCCCUCAGUAGCGUUCAGCGCCCAUCAGCAGCGCCCACCGAGCGGCGUUAGUGCCCAACAGGCGCCCUCAGCAGCGCCAACCGAGCGCCAAUCACCGCGCCCACAGCAGCGCCCAUCAGCAGCGCCCAGCCGCGCCCUCAGCAGCGCCCAGCCGCGCCCUCAGCAGCGCCCAGCCGCGCCCUCAGCAGCGCCAACCUCGCCGGAUACGUGGUCACUAGCCACGAUACGAGCGCCACCAGGAGCGCCCAACGAUCAGCGCCGCCCCUCACCAGCCGCACUCACCGAGCGCCAACGGGAGCGCCAGCCGCAACCACAUCGGUCAGCCACUGCCGCACGUCAGCAGCACCUGCCGUGCGCCCGCCGCAUCACGCCCCUGGUAGCGCCCAGCGCCCAGUCACACCACUAG